AGGUAACGAUCCCAAAUCAAGAAGAUUUACUUACAAAGUUGAGUUUAAAAAAACACUUUGUAGUGCCAUGCCUUACGAAAAAUGGAUCACAGUUCAAUUGUGCGAUGUGCUUGGUACUAUUUGAUACACCCAAAUCCCUAAAUUGAGACAGGUGGCUCAUUAUAACUAUGCAGACUAAUCAUAAUUUGAUUGGGAUUUUUGCAAAGUCAGGAGAGAGGGAGAGUGAGAGUAGGGGGAAAUACCCUGUCUUGCCUGAUUGGCACCAACCAGGCGUUUCCACAGGAAGCAGUAAUUUGGCGCAUCCUGCCGCUCCGCAGUAUGACACAUGGUUCUCCCCUUCCCCAUCGGGUUGUCUCCUACACAUUGUAGUCCUGCAGAUACCUUCAACGCAUAUGUCACCCGUCGUGUAUGUUGUAGUCCAACCGUGUGGGAGCUCUAUUUGCAAACUGCAUGCAAAAUCCUGCACGUUGCACUUCGUAGUGGAUAGAUUGUGAGUUGGUCUAACUUGAGAGCCUGGUCCUGUCAACAUGGAAGGCUUGGACUUGUUCUGGCAGCAGAGGGAAGACCCCAUCUCGGUUGUAGACCCCUCGGCAGUCUUCGGAGAGCUCUUGUUCAACGCGGACAUUGCAAGAAACCGCUGUCCCCCGUUGGUGCAAGCCGUUUUCUACGGAGAUGCCGAUGAAGUCAGGGCCUUGCUCUACAAGAAAGAAGAUGUGAACAGCACGGAUAUAGAGAGACGUACACCGAUCCAUGCUGCCGCUUUCAGAGGAGAGGCUGAGAUUGUAGAUCUACUUGCAGAAUGCGGUGCAAGAGUGAAUACCAAAGACAGCAGAUGGCUGACUCCUCUCCAUAGGGCUGUGGCAUCCAAGAGUCAGACCACCGUACGCGUUCUCUUGAAGCACAAUGCAGACAUCAACGCUCGGGACAAGAACUGGCAGACCCCGCUUCAUGUUGCCGCUGCUAACAAUGCUGUGGACAUCGCCGGGAUGCUCAUACCACUCCUAUCAACGGUCAACGUGACUGACCGGGCUGGACGUACCAGUCUACACCACGCAGCCUUCAAUGGGCAUGUAGAUAUGGUGAAGCUGCUGGUGGCUAAAGGAGGAACCAUUAACGCUCAAGACAAGAAGGAGAGGAGACCUCUGCAUUGGGCAUCAUACAUGGGACACGUUGAUGUAGUGCAGCUGUUGAUUGAGAAUGAUGCAGACAUAGGAUGUCGAGACCGUAGUCUGUUCACACCCCUCCAUGCUGCCGCUGCUAGCGGCCAGGUCAGCGUGGUGAGGAUACUGCUAGAACACGGAGCUAAAGUUGAUAUGCCCAACGCUUGUGGUAACACCCCUCUUCAUAUAGCAAGCCUGAAUGGUAAUGAUCUGGUGCUGAGGGAGUUAAUACAACACAAUGCAAAUGUCAACAUACUCAACAACAAGGGCCAGACCCCACUGCACCUGGCUGCUGUGUCGCCACACGGAGGCAUGUGUCUGGAGUUCCUCAUCGGCCGAGGGGCAGAGGCUAACAUCCAAUGCAAAGAUGGGCGUACCCCCCUCCACAUGAUCGCCCUUCAGGGCCACUACCCCCGGGCAGAGAGCCUCAUAGAGAGAGUUGUCCAGCUUCUCUUAGAUGCUGGUGCUAUGAUCGACUGUGUGGAUAACCAGGGUAACACACCACUCCACCUUGCCGCCCAGCAUGGACACCAAGAACUACUGGUCACUUUGCUUGACCAUAGUGCUGACCCAACAAGACACGGUAUCCAUCGCAUGUUACCUCUCCAUCUAGCCGGUCUGAGUGGCUAUACAAUCUGUUGUAAGAAGCUCCUGGAAUCUGGUUGUGAUGUGAAUAGCCUAGAUGAAAAUGGCAGGACGCCUGCACACUGCGCGUCAUGUUCAGGGAACGUUGACUGUUUAGAUUUACUAAUCAGCCGUGGGGCGGACUUUGACGUCCAAGACAAGGAAGGCCGUACACCGCUCCACUACUCGGCAGGCAACGCCAAUCAUCAAUGUCUUCUCUCAUUGGUUGCCAUGGGGUCAAAGGUCAAUACCUCGGACAGCAGGAACUGCACUCCGCUCCACUAUGCAGCUGCUGCUGACAUGGAAGCAGAUUGUGUGGAGCAUCUCCUUCAUCACAAGGCAAACCCAACGUUACGAGAUGCGCACGGGUACAACGCACUUCAUUACGCAGCAGCGAGCGGACACAGUUUAGCAGCGGAAAAGCUGAGAGCUGUAGCUGCGAAUGAGCUUCUGGCCGCAAGUAGAUCAGGACCUCUUACCACACCUCUUCAUCUAGCUGCAUACAAUGGUCACGUAGAGGCCCUUCAGGUCCUGAUGCGCUCCAUCGUGAACCUUGACAUCCAGGAUGCCAACGGACGUACGGCCCUUGACCUGGCAGCCUUCAAGGGUCAUGCAGAGUGUGUAGAGUCGUUGGUCAUGCAGGCGGCUACCAUCCUAGUACACGAUUCGGUCUCCAAGAGGACACCCAUGCAUGCUGCAGCCUACAACGGCCAUGCGGAGUGUCUUCGGAUAUUACUGGAGAAUGCUGAGCAGGAAGGAGCCGUCGACAUCGUGGACGACCAGGGUAGGACGCCUCUCAUGGUUGCCGUUAGCAACGGUCACAUCGAUGCCACCAUGCUGCUCCUGGAUCACAGGGCUAGCCCAACCAUCCAAGACGUCAAUAAGAGGACAGCGUUACAUAGAGCGGCCGCUAACGGACACGAGGAAUGCUGUGAUGCACUCUUAGGGGUGUGUAACUCCACCAUCCGGGAUAUCAAUGGCCGAUCGGCUCUUCACAUGGCUGCAGCGUGUGGCCACGAGGGUAUCUUGGGUUCUCUCUUGCAGCUUGAACCCACGAACCACUUAGACAACAAGGGCUACACACCACUGCACUGGGCUUGCUAUAACGGGCACGAUAAUUGUGUUGAGCUGCUACUGGAGCAAGAUGCAAACAUGUUCUUUGAAGGGAAUUCAUUCUCCGCACUUCACUGUUCAGUAUUACGAGACAAUGAAGUAUGUGCUGAGAUGCUGAUAGAUGCCCUGGCUGAUGAAGUUGUCAACAUCCAAGAUUCUAAAGGAAGGACGCCACUUCAUGCUGCUGCCCUCAACGACCAAGUGGAGUGCAUGCAGCUCCUACUGAAGCAUGGAGGCCAGCCCAACAUUGUCGACAAGGGCGGCAAGACUUGCUUCAUGAUUGCUGCAGAGAGUGGUUCUGCUGGGACUAUAGAAUUACUGGUAACGGGACAAAUAGCUGACAUCUCUUUAUCAGAUGAGACAGGGAACUCAGCUCUUCACCUGGCUUGCCAACAAACACACGAAGGAUGCGCUUUGAUGAUCUUAGAAAAGAUAGAUGACGUCAGAGUCUUAGACAUGCCAAACGCUAAAGGAGAAACCCCGUUGCAUAUAGCUUCCGCUCAAGGUCUAGUCACAGUGGUCCAGGACCUUAUAACAAGAGGAGCCAGUCUUCUAACUGUAGACAAUCAAGGUUACACACCCGCUCUAAGCUGCGCAUCGUCUGACAAGGUGGCCGACUGCCUGGCUCUCAUCCUAGCUCACAUGAUGCCCUUCUCCCCGGGGAACUCCACCAUCAAUUCCUCUCGCAUCGCCCUCGCGCUCUCCGGCGAGCUCGGCCGCACCCGAACGUCCACCAGCCUCGACUUCAACGACGGCAACCGCAGCAGGACGGAGAGCAAUGCCGAUACGUCUGACUCGGAGACCUAUUGACUACUGAUGUAAAUGUUGAUGAUGUUGUAGGUUCUACGACACAUGCUCUGGCGACAAUUGCUACGUGGUCCACAUUUCUACUCUAAAAUAAGCUCUAAUUUCUACCUUAGACCAAACACUACCUAACAUUAACCCUAACCAAAAACCUAAAUGGAUAUUUAUACCCAAGUCACAUUUCUUUUAUGAAAUAAAUGCUUAAAACAAUUGUUGCCAGAAUAGAUUUAGUGUCACUAAUUAUAUCAUGUAUCUUUAAAUAUUUAACAAUUUAAUAAUUUAAUAUAAAAUAUCCAUUCAGCUAAUUUACUUUCUGAAAACCAAAAGAGGGUUUGCAAAGUUUUUUUGGUAGCUUUUGGACCUCUUUUGGUUACACUAUAUGAAAACCGAUUGCAACCCGAACCCAAGUCAUUUAUGUUUGAUGAAAUAAAGCACAGAGCAAUUGUCGCGAGAAUUUUUUUUGUGUCACCAUCUGAUUUAUAUUUAAAUGUUUUUCUAGAUAUCCAUGUAGCUAACUUAUUUUCUAAAAAAAAUAAACAGAGAGUUGAAAAUUUGGUUAUUUGAACUUUUAGGGGCUGCCUCUGAAUCUGUUAGAAAUUGUUGAACCUUUUUUUGCUUUAUAAUGAAGUAGACAUGAUAAUUAAUAUUUUAAUGUAUUGUAGCUUUAAUUCUUUGAGUAAAAGAAAAGGAUUAUUUUGCAGCUGUUAAAUACUUGAUUUUUAGAUUAUAAAAAUCACUCCUAAAUUUGCAGGAUGUGCUCAUUUCAUUUGGCAAUUAGCUUAUCUUAUCACACAGUAUAGAUAGAGAGAUGAACUAAGGUGGAAUGGCAUGGUAUAAGUGACCAAAGUUUAACAGUGAACAGAGGAUCACAUUUAAUAGGGAGAAAGGAAAUGAUGAAGCAGGGGAACCCUUCUUCUUUCUAAUUAGUACUAUUAUUUUGUGUGUUUGUAUACCCCUUGUAGUUGAGUUGGUGAAUAGUAAUGAACAUUCCACAUCUCCAGGGGAGUGUUUCACAAAGACUAAGAGCGACAUAAGAAAAAAAA